GCAUCAAAACUAUUGUUCAAUCUGUGGAAUGUCUUCAGUUUAAUUCGGGAUCCCAUUCAAUGUGGGUCGAGUGUGUUCAAAAAAAAGAAAAAGUGUAAAAGGCGAUAUUCUGUUUUUAAACACACAUUGUAUUAAAAAUAAAUAUUUACUUAAACGAAAAAAAAAGUCAAAAACCACCUUACAAUGGUUUGUGAUCAAGUUUUAACUUUCAACAAUGGCUUAAAAAUGCCAGCCUUGGGCUAUGGUACUUGGCAAGCUCCCGAUAAUGAAGUUGAGUUAGCUCUUAAUCAUGCACUAGAAGCAGGAUAUCGACAUAUAGAUGCAGCCCCUGUGUAUAUGAAUGAAAAAACCAUUGGGCGAGUACUUAAGCAGUGGCUGGAUUCGGGACGUGUUAAGCGCGAAGAAUUAUUUGUGACCACAAAAUUACCACCCACAGCCAACCUACCAGAAUGUGUUGAAACCACACUGCGUAAUUCCCUGAAUGAUUUACAGUUGGAUUAUGUCGAUUUGUACUUGAUACAUACUCCAUUUGGUGCAUUCUUUGAAAAUGGCGAUAUAAAGAGGAAGGAAAAUGGUGAAGUUGUUAUAAAUCCAGCAACGGAUCAUAUUGCUGUUUGGAAGAAAAUGGAAGAAAUCUGUGAAAAGGGUCUUGCCAAAUCAAUUGGUGUCUCCAAUUUCAAUGAAAAACAAAUUGAGCGACUUCUGAAGAAUUGUAAAAUAAGGCCAGCUAAUUUACAGAUUGAACACCAUGUCUAUCUACAACAACCAAAAUUAAUAGAUUUUUGCAAAAAAGAAGGCAUUAUUGUUACCGCCUAUUCACCCCUCGGCUCUAAGGGUAUAGCUGAGUUAAACAAAAUGUUCGGCAUUGAAAGGAAAUUACCCGAUUUAAUGGAAAUUCCAGAGGUAAAAGAAAUUGCCAAAGCCCACGGCAAGACACCAGCUCAAGUUUUGCUGCGUUGGAUUGUUGAACGUGGUAUAUCGGCCAUACCAAAGAGUACCAAUCCGGAACGUUUAAAACAGAAUCUAAAUAUAUUCGAUUUCAAACUUAGCGCAGAGGAAAUUAAUCGCAUGAACGCUUUGGAUGCCAAUGUGAGAAUAUGCGAUUUUAAAUUCUUUCCUGGAAUGGAAAAACACCCGGAAUUUCCGUUUUAAAUUAAUUUAAGUAGAACCCUGUGCCUAUUUUUCUUCAUAAAAAUACAAUUUUUUUAAACAAUAUUUAAUUAAAUAUAACAAAAAAUCAAAAUAAAUAUCUACUUAUUUUUUAGUAA